ACGUUUCCACAAUUAAUUAUUUUCGGAUGACCGCAACUCAGUUGGAAGAAUUGUUGGGCAUGGUUGGACCAAGAUUGCAAAAGCAGGACGUCAUUCGACAAAGUAUCUCACCAGCUGAACGGUUGGCAUUAACAUUGAGAUAUCUUGCUUCCGGGGACUCCAUGAUAUCGAUGUCCUACCAAUAUCUCGUGGGAGUGACAACAGCGGGUAAUAUCAUCCAUGAAACCUGCAAAGCAAUAUGGGAUGUUUUAUGCCCUUUAGUUCUUUCGGGUCGACUGGAAGAAGGAGACUGGGUGGAUAUCGCCAAUGAUUUUAACGAAAGAUGGAAUUUCGUUCAUUGCAUUGGAGCCAUUGAUGGCAAGCACGUCACCAUUCAAUGUCCCAAAAAUGCUGGAUCAGCGUUUUAUAAUUAUAAACACAGUCACAGCAUAGUUCUCAUGGCUAUCUGUGAUGCAAAUUAUAUAAUACGUUUUGUGGAUAUCGGGGCAUACGGACGACGAAGUGAUGGUGGCGUCUUCAAAGAAAGUGCUAUGGGGAAAGCAUUCGAAGAAGGUAGAAUGAAUAUUCCACAACCAGCAGUGCUUGGAGAAGGAGGACCAAUUUUACCAUACUGUCUUGUGGGAGAUGAAGCCUUUCCUUUGAAGCCAUACUUGCUUCGUCCGUAUCCAGGUAGAGGACUGACACCAGAGCAAGAAAUGUACAAUUACCGUCUGAGUCGUGCGAGACGAAUAAUAGAAAACGUAUUUGGUAUACUCGCCAGUCAAUGGAGAGUAUACAGAAAACCAAUUAUCGCCAGUCCUGAUAACGCAAAGUUAAUGGUUCAAGCAACUGUUUGUUUGCAUAAUUGGCUUCGCCGGCAGGACAUUGAUGAGAACGCAUAUGUGCCUCCGGGUUUGAUCGAUGUCGAUGAUCCGCGCACUGUCCAAAUGGCUUCAGACCAGGGUCUUGGCGUGUCAUCAUGGAAGAUGGAUGCGCAUUCAGAGACAUCUCAAACUGUGGAUCGAACAUGA